AUGGAGAAGGUGGCGAGGAGGCGUCAGGUGCCGGCGUUCGGGGAGUGGAACUACUACCACCACUAUGACGACCCGGAGGCGGCCGCGGUGGCGCCGCCCGCCCUGGCGUACUGCUACGCCACGCCCGAGCCGGAGGCGUGCAGCGACGUGUGGUUCAGGUACUCGCCGCCCCAGCGCAAGCCGAUGCCAACCAAGAAGCCGAGGAGGAGGGUGCCAGACUGCAACAGUGAUGCGUCCCUGGAGAAAAAGGGACGGCGCGCGAGGCCGGCGUUGGAGGCUGGUGGCGUAGGAGGCGGCCUGGCGCGCUCCACGAGGGUGGUCCGUCCGGUCGACGAGGACUUGUACCAGGUGCCGCCGCCCGAGCUCGCACCCUCCCACAUGCGCCGACCCAGGAGGAGGAGCAUGUGGAUGGGCUGCCUGGGGUGCGUGGCCUGA